UCCGAAAAAUGGUUUUGCAUUUUUAGAAAAGUACUUUUACAGUGCAUUUAUAGUUAUUUUAGUCACAAAUAUCAAUUAUUUGAACAUGUAACCAACCAUUUAUUUACAAUGCACACUUUAUUGAGGGGAAAACAAAGGAAUUAGUUGACAUGCUUUUAAACAUGCUUUCUGGAUGACACAGGAGUUUUGCUAACAGCACUGAGAAAAUUGCAACCAUCUUCUACUUUAACCUUGUAAAAAUAAACCAAAGAUGCCUGAGACUGACCAAGACACAUUUUGAACAGUCAAAUAUAUGUAUUAUUAGAUCCGGUGUUGAAAAAAAAGCUAAAAAUCGAAGUUUAAUUCUUGAAGAGUUCAACAUGCUAACGGCACCCAUUCAGACCUUAAAGCGACCGUUCCGGGACGUAGAGGGUUAACGCCAGAGCGCGCGUGUAUCGGUAGAGCUCUACUGUAGUGAAGAGCUAACAGCCAAUGAAAUCCGCGCACCGAGUGACCCGUCCUUUUGCCACGGAAGGCUCCUUGUUUUUAUAACAAUGAAACAAUAUAUGUGGAUAAACGACCAUUAACAGACCAUGAGGCGACGUCUUACAGACAUUGAUCGAUGUCUUAUUUCAGAAACCCAGAGCUACCGACCAGGUUGGCUUGGAGUGUUUAUCCCUGAUCACAGCUUGCUGCUGUCACAAAAGGACAUCUAGUUUAUUGAAUCCUCCAGUAGUGCAUACAUAGUUGUGAACCAAAAUAACCAGCAGAGAAGAUUUGGAAUUUAUAUUUUGUAAAUAAGUUUUGGUCAUGAACAUGAAUUCAGUUGGUUUACAACAAAAUUUCAUCUUGUUUGUGGAAAAUAAGGCCAAAGCGGCAAACGUCAACAGGCGUCUCUGUUGUGAGAAAUGUCGUUUCUCGACCAAGGACGUUGAUCUAUUCGAAAGGCAUGUGGCCCACCACGAGGAAGUGACCUUCUCCUGCACACUCUGCAGCCACGUCUCGUACUCCAGGGUGGAGUCUCAACGGCACAGUGUUACACACAAAGGCUCAUUCCCGUAUAGGUGUAAUUGGUGUGACUAUGGAGCUGUGAGGAGGGACUACAUGGUAAAACACAUUCAGCGAAUACAUGGGAAGGCUCCAGAUGGAAGUUUCACCACUGAUUGUGCUCUACCUACUACAAAAAUAGAACACCUGUCUCAAAAAAGAACUACAGACCUUUGCCUUGACAACCAAAGAAAAUUGGUGAGCUCUUCAACAGGAAGGAAGUCCAAUCAGUUCCUUCAUGUAGGUCAGUCAAGGGUCAGUGCACCAUAUAUUGUUGCCAAACCUGUUCACCAAAUGAUCAGUAGCCAGACUCAUCUUAUUUCCAGUACAGCUGAUCAUUCAGUUAACAGCACAGCUUGUGUCUUACCUAUUACUAAAACACAGAUCUAUAGUGUUCCUGGUACUGCUCAUGCAGUGACUAAAGUUACACAAGACAUUAGUAACCAGCCAAGUGUUAUUGCUGAUGAAGCAGGUCAGAAUGCAGGUAAAACCACUGAGUAUAUCAAUAGACCUGCAGGAAAAAUGUCCUUGGAAAAAAAUGUUACGCCAAAUGCAUUUCCCAGGGUUCAUUUUGGCAUCUAUGCAGAUCGCACCAUUCAGCAGAGGCCACUGCUUCAGAGUCAGGUGAAAGCUACUGCAGAGAAGAUGGUAAUUCAGUCAAAAACAGUCCCAAAAUUUCAGGUUGGUCUGCCAGCUGUAAAUAAUGCUCCUCUAAAGACAUUUCUCAGCAGCACUUUGCAGGUCGUGGAGCCCAGGACUGCUGAAGUUCGUAAUGUGGCGGAGGCUCCAGCUGUUCAGAGGCCGGUUCAUUCAGGAGCUGUACGGAAUAUUCCAGUGGUCCAUGAAGUGCAAAGGUCUUCUGGAGCACAUCCCAGCAUGCUAGUGGAGCAGUUUGGGCCGGGAGCAUCAUCCUCUGCACAUGGGACUCGGAAUAUAGAAAAGCUGAAUGUAGCAAAGACUCAUCCCAUCCUUGCGAAGCCACCCUUAGAGAAGUUUAAGUCAAUUACACAGUCCAGUGUCCAAGUAGAAUUGCUAUCACCUUUAAACCAGCCAAUCCAGCACAACAGACCCCUGACAGUAUCAUGCCCUGAAGAGAUUACCAUUCCUGCAGGCUGCCUUGUUGAAUUGGUGGAGGUAAAAAAUGUCAGUGGAACUCGAGAAUUGGAGCUUCGGUUAGUCCCGCAGCUGCCAGGUGGCCCUCCCCUGGGAGAGUCAAAGAGCGCCACUGCAGCUGGUACAGCAGGCCGGCUCUCCUUCAAAUGUAGAGUUACUACCGAGGAGGAUCAACCAGAAAGACUGGACCGUGGAGUUUGCACCACACCGGAAAAUGGUGUACCUGAGCCUCAGAUCAAGGAAUCUCAUAUAAAGGCACAUUCUACAAAUAUCACAGUAACUAUAAAAGAUGAACCUGAGGUAAAUGAAAGGGUGCUUUGUUCCAAGGCAAGUGUAAUGCAGACACCAGGAUCUUCGAAUGUGGGAUUCCACGGUGCAUGGAGGUCAUUAGAAAAACCAGCACCUAAUCCUUCAGAAUCACAAAGGUUUACUCAUCAGCCAUGUACUGUGCACAAAUUUGUUACCAAUACCACAGAACUGGUUAGUCCACUACUACAGCAGAACAGUGCAGACAAGACCACUACCUGGAAUGCAGCUAGCAAGAACAUUAGAGCUGAAGGUCUAGAGUGUGACCGAAGAGCUCUGCCGGCAUUACCAAACAAACGUGAAGAAGCAGAGUCCAGUUACCAGGGCCUUCCUGUGAUCUCAUCGGUCUUCUCUCUGUGCCCUGGUCCUGAAGCAAUUCUAAAUCACAUUCACACCAGAGUAGGGAUUUUACAUAAAUGUGCUGGUGAGGCCCUGACAUCUUCAAAUUUAGGAUCAAAUGGAAAUGUAAAAAAUACAGAUAUCUUAGCAUGUAGACAUGAUCUGAAAACAGAGGAGGAAACUGGACCAUUGAGUAAAAUUGUUCAAAAAUGUAGUCAGAGCCUAAAGGAGAAUGAGGAUAAACUUACGAUAAAUGAAGAUACGAAGAUAUCUGAAGGGUUAGUAUCUGAGACACUAGGUGACAUAUUAGAGAAGAGUUCCCAAACAUGUGCUAAUGAUCUGAAGCACAGGAUUACAACUGAGCAGUGUAGUAGUUUGUCAGAUGCUCGACAGGAAAUAGCAUCAGAUCCUGCAUUGAAUAAGGGUUUUACCACACAACCCAGCGAUGAGUUAAAAACCAAGCUGGAGGCAGAUAUCAGUUUGCCUGAGCAGAGAGAGAAUUCUCAUGCCUUAUCCAUGAAUCCUACAGUAGCUUUGGUCAGGAUUCCAAGCCUGGAAUUUUAUUCAGUUUUAGAAUCUGCAGAGAAGAUUUCGGAGAAAUUAGUUGAGGAAGAAAGCAUAACGGCUCGACCAGUUCUCUGCUGCACCUCGAACCAGCAAAACCUGCAGGGAACAGCCAUAAAGCUGGUUCUGAAGAGAAAACGGUCUGAAACAGAAAACAAGGAUUCAGCGCAAGAUGUCCAGCCAGGUCUGUCACACAUGGAUAUACAUCACCCACACAAAAAACACAAAAAAGGAAAGAAGAGGGCUAAGAAACACAGGUCAUCAAAGGUCAGGUUAGAUCUUCAACAGAUCUUACAGAAAGGUAAAAUGGCAAAGCUAUGGUUAACCCCAUUAAAAGAAGAUCAGCUGGUCAAACUUCCUGGACCAAACCAACCUGUUGUGGUUCUGAACCACCCAAACCCUCUAGUACAGAUGGUGAGUGCAGGAGUUCAGACUCUGAAAGACUAUAAAUGGAUUGCAGCAGCCCAUGACUUCUGUCCCCAGAGUAGAAUCCAACCCAUAAGUCAAUGUCCUUCAUUCAUAAUGAAACUAAAGAAAGUCCAGGGGCAGAAAUAUCAAGUCACAGAACUUGUUCUAAAAGGAGUCUCUGAAAAAAUGGUCUUGUAAGAAAAACUUUGUGGUUUUUUUUUUUUUUUGGAACAUUAGAAUUUUUUUUAUAUAUACUGAUAUUUCAAUCAGUAACCUACUGGUGUUGUUGCUCUUUUUAUGAUAUUUAAUAUCACUACUGUGCUGUUACUACUGUUAAAAACUGCUUAAAGGGCAAGAACACUAAAUAAAACUGUUCUUUUUUAUUUGUUCAUAUGUAUCUGUAAGAACCUUCCAGGGGUUCCCAUCUUCAUUUUCUUCAUAUUUUUAUAUUGUAUUUGUUUUUUGUACUUUUUAAUUGUCUACUACAAGAAUGUUACCUUCAAUAACUGAAAUAAUUGUUUCCUGUAGACAUGUUACAGUAUUCAUCCCCUGCUUCAGAUAUUACAAAGUGUUUAUGUAACUGCAGUAUAACAACAUAAAAAUAAUUUGAUGUAUAUGUUGUAAUUUUGCAUUUCUAAUACUCAGGCUUGGGGGUUUGCGAGUGCGGUGCAGUAUUUUCUGUGCUCCCAGGAUUGAGCUCUUCUGGACUGAGAUUCAUGAUGUCAUUUCUGAGACCUGUUGGAGCCACUGCUCCGUCUUAGAGUUCACAGCCCCAAAUGCAUGAAUAAUAAAACACCUUACUCGUAUUUGAGCGUUAAAUUAAUGGAAGCACUAGUCAGUGUGUGGAUGAAACAGGAAGAGGUUUGGUUGAGCUCUGUUUUUCUGGCAGCUUCAUAGGUAAAAAUACAGAGCCUUUCUUUCUUCUUCAUGUUAUCAAUCAGUCAUUAUAGUCAUUAUAUUGAUCUCUAGUGGCCUGGAUGUUUCAGACAUUUUGUACUAAAUCUGUUUUAAGCAUGGCCAACUUCAUAUGGAGGAUUUGAUUUAUGGAGUGUAAAUGGGUUAAUUCGGGGACUACAAAGCAAUCUGAUUCCUCAACUCAUGUGAGCUGCACUUUAUAGAAAAAUGCAAAAAUAAAUGAUCACUCUUAAUACACAGUA